UGUUAAGACAAAAAAAAAAACAUAAAACAUACGAUCGUGUGACACGAAACUACAAAGCCUCGAAAGAACAGCAGCAUCAUGUCAACCAAAGAAAUCUUUCUUCUUCUAGAUCCAUUUUAUAAUAAAAAUUAAAAGUGAAUUCUUAACUUUCAGCAAUAUCAAUAUACACAAAUCCCCUUUUUAUACCGUUGUUUUAUACAAAGGUCCCCUCCUGAUGUGCUCCUUCACUUUACGGGUUUCUCCAUUAAACACUUCCUAAAUCUCACUCAAUUAACUUCUUCGACAUAGUUUGUUAGUUUCAAACUCCAAAGCAAAAACAACUAUAGAACACAAAAACUCAAUUUACCGCGUUGUUCUGUUCUUCGCUUUGCCAUCACCACCAUCAACAUAAAAUGUUGUGAAAAUUUCAUCCGGCAAGCUACUAAAUAAAAUAAGUGAAUAAAAUAAAAAAAGUGAAUUACCAGCAAAUAAAUACAACAACAACUACCAACUAUAAUAGCAACAAUAUAUUCUCACAAACUCACUCGCUCUCACUCCUCUUCUACAUUCCCCCGCGUAUUUCUCUAGUAAAUAACAAAACAAAGCAACAACAACUAUUCGCCGUUUCCUGCGAGUCUUUUAGCACUCUGUUAUUGGGGAUUUUCGCCUGCUUUUUGAACAUUUACUUUACUUUUUGGUGUCCAGCAAACUGUUAAACUGUCAUGGCCGGUAAUGGAGAAGCUAGUUGGUGCUUCUCACAGAUAAAAGGCGCCUUAGAUGAUGAUGUAACCGAUGCAGAUAUCAUAUCCUGUGUUGAAUUUAAUCACGAUGGCGAGUUGCUGGCAACUGGCGAUAAAGGUGGACGUGUUGUUAUUUUCCAGCGUGAUCCUGCAUCUAAAACGGCGAAUCCACGACGUGGUGAAUAUAAUGUCUAUUCGACAUUCCAAUCGCAUGAGCCCGAAUUCGAUUAUCUCAAAUCAUUAGAAAUUGAAGAGAAAAUCAAUAAAAUACGAUGGUUACGAAGAAAAAAUCCUGCACACUUCCUGCUUUCGACCAAUGACAAAACCGUCAAAUUGUGGAAAGUCAGCGAGCGCGACAAAUCCUUCGAAGGCUAUAACACCAAAGAGGAGAAUGGCCUAACGAAGGACCCACAAAAUAUUACCGCCUUACGAGUUCCUUCUGUCAAACAAAUCCCUCUGAUGGUCGAAGCAUCACCCAGACGCAUUUUUGCCAACGCCCAUACCUAUCACAUCAAUUCGAUUAGUGUUAAUUCAGAUCAAGAGACUUAUUUAUCGGCAGAUGAUUUACGAAUCAAUCUGUGGCAUUUGGAAGUGACCGAUCAAAGUUUCAAUAUUGUCGACAUCAAGCCGACGAAUAUGGAAGAAUUGACCGAGGUGAUAACAGCAGCAGAGUUCCAUCCAACCGAGUGCAAUGUGUUCGUGUACUCAAGUUCAAAGGGCACAAUUCGUUUGUGCGACAUGCGUUCGUCGGCCCUCUGCGAUCGGCAUAGUAAACAAUUCGAGGAGCCCGAGAAUCCAACAAAUCGUAGUUUCUUCAGUGAGAUCAUUAGUUCAAUAAGCGAUGUGAAAUUAAGCAAUUCGGGCCGUUACAUGAUCUCCAGAGAUUAUUUGAGUAUUAAAGUAUGGGAUUUGCAUAUGGAAACGAAACCCAUUGAAACGUAUCCGGUCCAUGAAUAUCUUAGGGCUAAGUUGUGUUCUCUGUAUGAGAACGAUUGCAUUUUCGAUAAAUUCGAAUGCUGUUGGAAUGGCAAAGAUACCUCAAUAAUGACCGGCAGUUAUAAUAACUUUUUCCGUGUAUUCGAUCGUAAUACGAAAAAAGAUGUCACCCUAGAGGCCUCCAGAGACAUUAUCAAACCGAAGACGGUGCUAAAGCCACGUAAAGUUUGCACAGGUGGCAAACGAAAAAAAGAUGAAAUCAGUGUUGAUUGUUUAGAUUUCAAUAAGAAAAUUCUACAUACCGCUUGGCAUCCGCAAGAGAAUAUAAUCGCUGUGGCAGCCACCAAUAAUUUGUUCAUAUUUCAGGAUAAAUUCUAGCCUACAUUCAUAUACAAACCACAAAAUCAACAACAAAAACAACAACCACAACAAUAUUUUGUUAUUAUGUACUCUAUAAUACUAUUAUACACCACUUUGAGAACAACAACAACAACAACUUUACUCCUUCUUUAAACCGCCCCUAGAAAAAGAAAACUAAAUCACAACAACAAAAAGACUUUUCUCAUUGAUUUCUUUAAGGAAAACCACCACAAAUCCAUAAAAUAACAUUUAAAAAAAUAGUUUUUUUUUCUAUCGAUUGUAUUAUUAAUAGUUUUGUUUUCACUCAUGCUCUACCUCUUCCAAUACCAACUCUCUCACUCUUUCUCUCUCUCUCUAUCUCUGCUCUUAAGUUAUAUGCUAUUUUUUUUUACUAAUUUGUUAUAUUAUUUCUUGUUUUCCUUAAGUUUUUCCUUUCUCUCGCUUAAUUUUUUUGGCCUCUUCUAUUUCUCUCUUCCAACUUUAAGAUUUUUAUACAUAUUUUCUGUUAAAAUUGUAUGCUCCCUUCACCUAGCCCCCCCACUACUUUAUAUCUCAUUGUCUAUUCUCUAAUUAUUAUUAUAUUAUUAUUAUUACUAUUAUUAAAAAAAAAACAUAUGCCAUAGUGUCAAAAAAAAAAAACAAACAAAAAAAAAAAAAACAAUGCCUUUUUCUAAAACAAAACAAACAAACAACAACAACAACGUACUCUUAAAACUUUUUUGUUUUUAUAGGAAAUACUUUAAUUUUAUAUAAAACUCAAGUGAAGAGAAAAAUUCAAAACAAAAACAAAGAAAAUACAGAAUAAAUAAACAAAACAAUUAAACAUUAAGCAUAAUAAGCGUUUCUUUUUAAGAACAAAAAAAAACGCUUAGUUUUUUGUAAUGUUAUUAUAAAAACAAAACAAUUUUUUGAGAAACCAAAACAAAAAUAACCGAUAAAAAGCAAGAGAAAAUACCUACAAUUAUUAAAUAUUGAAACAAAAAGAAACCAACAAAAGAAUACAUAAAAGUCAAAGAAAUUCUCCUUACCGCUUAUUUACUUCUAUCUCUCUCUCUCUGUCUCUCCUCCUCCCCAAACCACACUCUUCAUUCAUCUGAAAAAGAAAUGAGAAUAAAAACUUUAUAAUAAAAACAAAAAAAAAAAACAAAUCCCAAAAAAUUACAA